AAAUCAUAAUCUUUUUGCAAAACCUGAUUGGAGUAUCUGGUUGCUCUUGUCCCUUGCCAUGAGUGGUGUCUUCUAAAGUAACUUUGACUUUUGGGAACUCCACUGUGAGGAGCUUAGAAGCAGAAGGUUGUCUAAAGUCACUGUCGGUCCCCCUUUCCGUUUUUCAUAGAUCCUUCUAAGCUUUUAAAUUCAGAAUCGCUGCUAAAGCUCGAAGAACUGGAUGUAGCAGUAGAAGAGUGAUGAGGUAAUGGGUGAGUUGGGAUUGACUUCUUUAGACAGAUCACCCCUCUGGCAGUGUAAAUGGUAAAUUGCAUUAAGAUGAUUUAUCUUAGAGAUUUUGACAAAGUGGUCUUUUUUUUUUUUUUUUAAAGCCAACACUUUCUUACCUUUGUGCCAGAGCAAAUCCACUUGGGCCUGCUUCCAUUGGUUUUACCAUAAUUCCUCAAGACUUUUUGGUAUCUCUUUCUGAUGAGAUUCAGUGGGACGUAUCGUCUGCUGACAGCUUCAUUUGUGGACUAACAGAGCAUCUCCUCUGGAGUUUUUCAGUUCGUGACACCAGGCGUUUAUUGUAGCUCCUCACCAGGUAGAGACUUGAAUGUUCGGAAGAGGAGUUGCUUUGCCUUCAGGUCUGAGCAGCUUUAAAAUGCUCUGCUUUGGCAGAACAGACGUUCACAGCUGUGUCGUCUACUUACAUUAGAAAUCGCUUUGGACCCAGGAAUCAAAAUAUGGAGAAUAUGAACUCCACCAUGGUGCCAACACCAGACACCAUCGACAAAGACUGUCAGGAGAACGUUGACCAAAAUCGAGUGCUGUACAUUUUCUACUCUUCUGUAGUAGUGGUGCAGUUUAUCUUGGGUUUCCUGCUGAACAUUACUGUUAUCCAUCUCUUCAUCUUCAAGCUCAAGUUCUGGAAAUCUAAGACCAUUGACAUUUUCCUGUUCAAUCUGGUCCUGGCUGACAUUUUGUUGCUGAUUGGAUUGCCCGUAAAGGCAUACAACUUUCAGCAAUGCAGUGAACAGAAAGUAGUGUGCAAAGUACAGCUCUUUCUGCAGUUUAUCAACCGAGGAGCCAGCAUUGCCUUCCUGACGAUCAUCUCCAUUUAUCGAUAUUAUAGCGUGGUCCAUCCUGGGAGGAGGAAAGUUCAGAGUAUUUUGAAACGAUCGCCUCAGAUUUCUGUAUUCAUCUGGGUGCUGCUGGGAAUUUUGACCAUUCCGGCCAUGUGUCAAAGUUUUAUCAGAUGCAACAGCAGUGAAAAAGAUGAGAAACUGACCGCCAUUGUUAUAUUGAGGGAAAUUGUGUUUUUUACUCAGAUUUUCAUCCCCUUUUUUGUUCUUGUGUACUGCUCCAUACGGAUUAUCAAAAGACUCCAACAGAAGUCAGUGGGCGACAAGACUAAACUCUGGAGAGCGAUGUUCCUCGUCACUUCAGUGGUUUUCGUCUUUGCUGUCUGCUUCUUGCCAUAUGCCUUUACAAGAGCAGUGCAACUAAAGAUCAGUGGACUUGUGAUGAAAGAGGAAAAAGUUACUGUUGUUAAACUGUUUGACGGGCUUCUUUGUCUCUCUUAUCUGAACUGUCUGCUGGAUCCGAUCCUGUACUGCCUCAGCAGCAGUAAAUUUAAGAAGCUGUAUAUAUCAAUGUAUCUUCCCUUCCUGCUGGAGAAGGAGAAACCAGAAAGUUCAGAAGAUACUGCAGAUGACUGAUCCAAGUAAAAAAGAAUAUGCUUUGAAAAGGAUGUUGGGAGAAUUUCAGUCAGUUUCUUGCAAUUGCAUUUUUUUCUAAAACAUUUUGAACAGUAAAUGGGUAGUCGUCACAUUGAGUAUCAUGUCUAAGAUUUAUUUGUUUUUAAAAUGUGUUUAAAAAAAAAUAAGAGUCUGGAUUUUAUGUUACAAUUUUUUAGGAAUGUAUAAAUUGCAGAAAUGUAUGCCUUUAGGCACUGUGACCAUUAUAAAGCACAUUUGUUUUCUGCA